AUGCAGAUGAUUCGUACAGAUGAAGGCAUUUCCCAGGUUCCGAAUGCAGAUCAGGUGGGAUACGAACUGUACAACCGCCUCAUGCGCCAGUCUACCGAUGCUCGCCUUAUUCAGGGAGACACUAUGUCAAGUUCCUUGCCUAAGAAAAAGAAGAUUAUCGAAAUAAUUGACUCGGUGAUCUAUCGCACCGAGGACGGUGCCGAAAAGAUGGAAGAACUAGGCUAUCACAUUUUCGAAAUGGGCUCGGAACUGGCCUCGGAUUAUGGUGCCAUACUUCUCCAGAUUGAAGACAAACCGUGGAGAAGACUCUGGGGUUUAAUACCCCUUAUGUUGCGAUUGUACUUCCAACCAACUGGCCGAGACGUGGCAAAUAUCAUGACGACACCAAGCGACUCCGAGCUCCGAGAGGCCUGGAUUGAUGCUACUAAAGCGGCCGGCCAAAGGCUUGAUGUGCUCAUUGACGAGGCCAAAGCCUUGCAUACCCUCUUCGGUAAACUGCGAGCCGACUUGAUAGACCUUCACAACCAUAUGAGAGAUGGCAAGACCAGCUUGGAGAAGAGUAGAAAGUCAUACACGGGCGUAGUCUACCGAUGGGGUUUUCUCCACGACCCGAUUCCAGAACUAAACCAGGGUAUCGCGAUGGUAGAAAACUUACUACCUGAUCUGGAUAAUUCCCGACUGUAUGUUGAUGGUAUCAGAAACGCUAUGAAGGCCACUAGACAGGAUCUAUGGCGCUUGAACCGAACAGCAAUUACAAAUUGGCUCCAUCACUCGGGGUUGAAACUUUGA